AAGUCAAAGGACAAAAGUUACGAAUACGAAUGAAUGAAUUGAUACAUUAAUUACCAUCCAAUCCAAAACACAAAUACAUAUCUAGGUUCCUCUCGAUCGCGCAUGCUACGUCAAUCAUAUUCGCUAUAACACGUUCAACUAAAUUUCUAUAAUGGAUCCGACCAAGAUUCUUUCUUUGCUCGAGCAACUUGAUGACGAUAUCGAUGAUAUAGAAGAUGCGGUUGCGCCUUUCAUUCAAAAGACUAUCCCAGAGUUUGCAAGCAAGUUACCUUUAUUGGAUAAGGCAAAGCUUUAUACUCUUGUCACAUAUGCCAUUGAGUCCAUAUUAUUCUCAUACCUUCGACUUAAUGGUGUCAAUGCCCGUGAACAUCCUGUUUUCACCGAGCUUACUCGGAUGAAGCAGUAUUUUGAGAAAAUAAAGGUUACAGAGAAUCCACCGGCAACUGCAGCAGAAAGAAAUCUCAAAUUGGAUAAAGGAGCUGCUGGAAGAUUCAUCAAAGCAGGAUUGAGCGGAAAUGAUAAAUAUGAUCUUCAAAGAGCAGAGCAAUUGGCGAAGGAGAGAGCGAAGUCUCAUAUCAGAUUUGAGGAGCUAUCAAAAAAGAGAAAGGUGGGCGAAGAAUCAACGGAACCCAAUAAAACAGAAUCCAAAACCUCAACUGAAUCUGAUGGUUCCGGUUCGCCUUCCGAUUCUUCAGAUGAACCUGCACCUGCAGCACAUAAAAGCAAAAAGUCUAAGACUGCGAAGGUAGCAGCAACCCCUACCGAGUCCAAAGAGGAUAGCUCUUCCACCUCUAAUUCUAAACCCAAAAAAUCUAAGCAGGAAACUCAGGAGAAGAAAAUAAGGAGUAAAUCCAAGAAGGCCAAGAGCAAGAGCAAGAACUAGAACGAUUUGGUGAAUGGAUAUGUAUAUGGCUAUGUAAAUGGAUAUGAAAGUCACCGGAUACAUGCACAUCUAAAAGGGCGUUUAUGGAACUGGCUUAGGGAUGAUACCAUGAUUUGUCACGGCAAAAUAGGAUAGCUUUAGGGUUUGAGUUAUUGGGCAACAAAUAUCUAGAUUUACGAAAGAAAGAAACAAUAAACACCUAUCUACUGGGUGUUCUUCGCUCAAGAUUCUGUUUGUUGCUCAUAAAGAAAAUGCGGUUUAUGUGUUUUGAACAUCCUCUUCAUGGUUGUUAGAGUUCACUCUAUAUAAUUGUACUCGAGAAAUCUCA